AAUUCAUCAGUGCAGGAUCACGGACUAUAAAACAGACACCAUGGUUCAGGAAGGAAGGGAAGAUCCCGUCACUCCCGUCCAGGGUUCCUCAGGAACCCACCCUGAACCCACAACUCAAAUCAGCAGAAUCCUCGAACGGGGGGUCAGUCGAAUCAAAGAAGAGGCCCAGGAUUUUCUGCUAUAUAGUGGAGAGUCUCAAAAGAAGCUCGAAAAGAGACGGCAAGUCGUUUUCGCGCGGAGAUUCGCCUUGAAAACGGAUACCGAUGCUCAGGAACGUCCGGAAGAGCUCACGAAACCACCAUUCCUCAAGUUGACAGCGGACGGGUUCCAGACUUUGAAGAAGAAGACUCAAAAUGUCCUCCGAAAGGAUUCCGAAAGGGUCGAGGCUCAAGCACUCGAAUCCACUCGACAAUCUUUGCUGCGUCGAUCACAGAGCCACGAGAUACCCAUGGGCGUCGUGUCUGCCCCACCGGAACUGUCGCCGGAGGCGAUCACGUUUCUAGCUAUUAAACAUCUCGGUCCGAGAAGUGAAGACGAGUUCGGCAGCAGCUCCCAUACCGACCUACCUUCGACAGAUGUACAUCCUGCCGGCAAGAAAAUCAUCUUCAUGCGCGGGGUCGCGCCGGAUAAUAUUCGGAAACAGAGACGCCAAUUCAGCCUGAGCAAUGGUUUGAAGAAAGCGUUCCAGUUAAAUUACGUCACGCCCAUAGAAUAUCGGCCCAUUUUUACCUACUACGUGACCGUGACUCAAUUGCUCAUCUUACUAUUCUCCCUGUGGAUAUACGGGUUCGCUCCUUGGGGUCUAAAGACGGAGCGUAGACAAGAACUAGUUAUGGUGACUUCUUUGACACUAGAGAAUGUUGAUUACGAAGAGCGCCAGAACAUAUGGUUCGGUAAUAGAGAGGCGGACUUGAUUCAUCUCGGAGCGAGAUUCACGCCGUGCAUGCGAGACGACCCCGGCAUACGAGCAGAAAUCGUACGGGACAUCAAACGCGAACGAGACACGGCUUGCUGCGUGCGCCACGACAGGUCGGGUUGCGUGCAGACUCAGAAGGACCAAUGUUCGGAGAACCUUUCCACCUGGCACAAAAUCAUGCAUCCCGGAGUGAUGGUCGGCUCAGUCUGCGGUCAAGAUCCGCGGUAUUGCAACGAACCUCCAUCGAUCGAGCCGUAUCGUUGGUCUGAAGACUUCACCAAGUGGCCAAAGUGUCGCAAGCAGCAUGUGCCAUCGACAGUCCGCAACGGAGAUCUGGCCGAUGAAAACGCACACAUGGCGUGCCAGGUAGUGGGGCGCCCGUGUUGUAUUGGCACGUACGGUCAAUGCGAAAUCACCACGCGAGAAUAUUGUGAAUUUGUACAGGGAACUUUCCAUGACGACGCUGCUCUAUGCUCGCAAGUCUCUUGCCUGUCGGACGUCUGCGGCAUGUUCCCCUUCGUGAGAUCGCCAGAGAGUCCGGAUCAAAUUUACCGUUUGCUUACCUCGCUGUUCCUUCACGCGGGCCUACUCCAUUUCGCGCUCACGGCCAUCGUACAAAUGUGGUUGAUGCGUGAUCUCGAACGCAUAUACGGACCUCAUCGUAUCGGUGCAAUUUACAUGAUGUCCGGCAUAGGGGGCAAUUUAGCGUCUGCGAUAUUUGUGCCGUACAGGGCGGAUGUCGGCCCAUCGGCCGCUCUGUUCGGCAUUAUGGCGAUCUUCAUUGCCGAGCUUGUUAAACUUUGGGAUAGGUUGUUGGACCGGAAACGCGCGACAUUGCACGCGGUCCUUCCGAUUUUGAUAGGUAUUGUUUGUGGCCUCACGCCGUGGACGGAUAAUUUCGGACAUUUGUUCGGUCUGAUCAUCGGCUUCGUGUUGGCCAUGGUCCCUCAUAAUUCCGAGAAGCAGAAUGCUGACUUGGAUGAAAGUCAGAUGAUCGAGUAUCGGAGAAAGGCCCGUAGAAGAUGGUGCUUGUGCGCAGCGUCUCUCGUUAUUGUAUUCGUCGGCCUUCUCGUUUGGUUCACGAUUCUCCCCGAUAUCCAAUGUACAUUCUGUCAUUAUUUCACUUGUUUACCACAGAUCUUCGGAGAAGCGUGUGAAACGCACUCAGUUAACUAUAAGCCAAGAAUCAAAAUACACUUUUAAAUAUGUCCUCGCCCAUGAGUCACUCCCGGCAACUGCGGGACGAUUCCUCUUUGUUCCUCAUGUUAUUUAUAGGUUGUCUCUCACGAAUCGACGGACAAUGUACUUACUAUGCGCCCUGUUUCCUGUUUUAUACUCCUCUAUCCUGAGAACGCUAUCCCGAUGCAAGCUCAUCUAGUCUACGUGAAUGACCGCCGACAUAGUGGUGCAUAUACAGUAAUGAGUGAAUGGAUGGAAGAUGCCGCCGUUGGGUGCGAAAUAUUCUGAUGAUGAUGAUAGUUGUGAUCGAACAUUCCAUGGAAGAUGUUGAAUCCAUAGAAUCGAGGAGCGAGUUGAGCGCAUGGAUGCGGCUUCCAAACUGUGAACCGUCUGGUAUUGCGUUGAACGGGAACUACGAUACAAAGGGAGGGUUCCACUUACGGCUCGGAAGGAUGCUCGGAACCGCCAUAGCAUUUAAGAGCGUGACUCGAUGUCCGGUGGGGUCGAUGAAAACUAUCUCAACGUACCACAAUCAUGAGCUUUCUGUACGUAAAUUAUGAAAGACUCAACAAAUGUUUGAGUGGAGUGAACGACGAGCAAUGAAACUGUCGAUUGAGGAAA